AUGUCUUCAUUCUUUCAAAGUCUUAGCGCGGCAUUUGCCUCCUUCAACUCAUCGCCGCGUCUUUCCCGAAGUGACAACGAUCCUCAACGGCCGCUAGACGAACGCCGCCGCAAUUCAUUUUCGCAACGGCGCGCCCAUUCUCCCUCCCCACGUCGUCGUCCCCCGCCAUCACCAACUGCUGGAUCUCGGCGGCGUAUAAAGAGAGCUAAGAACGAGUUCUCUUUGGGCUUGGAAGACGACGACGACGACGACGACGACCACCGGCCGGAUCUCAGCUUCCAAUCACCGCGCGAUAUCGCUGCUCCGCAGAUCACUCAAAGUUAUGCCAACAAACCUUCCUUUACGACUGGAUCUGUCCCCUCCCGUGGACAAUUGCGGUAUUCGCCUCCGCUUUCUGUCAUAGGCUCCAGUGCCCGGCUGGGCAACCAUUCGCAGAUGUUGAAUAAGGAUCGGGAAGAUGAGGCUCGCUUGCUUCCAGGAGCGAUUCAUCGCAAGCCCAAAGGUGCAUACGAAAUCAAACCGGGAGCUAUUCGAGCAAAUAAAAACAAGCCGGGUGCUUCCGCGGCGUUUCAACCUACCGACAGGAUAUCUCAUGCGCGCCAGAGCGGACCAAUCCGCGCGUCGGGGAAAUCCAAAAAUGCCGAUGGGUUUAUCAACAGGACCUAUCGACAACUGGAAGAUACACAUGACUUUCAGGAGUCAGAUCGUCCUAAUAAGCGGCGGCGGCAUCAUGAGGGCCCGAGACCAGUUGACUUAACACAUGAGAAUGCGGCUGGCUCAGUCGCUUCUGAAAUCUCGCCUUCUGAGCAUCGGUCAUCCCGACUUUCGCCAGUCUCAAACGUCUCGGCAACAAACCCCAAGAAGAAAGGCCGCGCCCCCUUCGUCUCGGAAUUUCGGGGCGUGGAAGCCAUACUCGAAAGAACACACAACCCUCACCCGGGAGAUCGUCGGCCAUCUGCCGCCAGCUCUGCGGAUGAAUUCUUUACUCGGGAAGCAGCUGCUCAGAGGCGCUCCUCGGGGUCCUCUCUUGAUUAUACCAACAAACCUCGUACACAGGUCACUCUUGAGUUUCCCAAACCACGCGCUCCAUUGGGGAAUAUCGAGGUCCCAGAUCCAGAACAAAAUCAUUCUGGGGACGUUCAACCUCAGACUGUGACACAGCCCUUGACUCCGUCGAAAAGGCCACCAGCUGCUUCUGAAUCUGGUGAUAGCCCGGAUGAACUACAGGGUGACGUGACGACUCGUCCGCCUCCGAAGCAUCUCGCAGAGAAAAGCCCCCAGAAACGCCCUCAAAACCCCCAGGAGGACACUGUGCUGUCACCUUCGAGGAAACGUUCUCCAUCUGACAUUGAGCCGGCAUCGUUCUUGCCAUCCCGCAAGAAGAAAAAGGUCAAGCGUGGGCAACAGGACCCAGAGCACCGUGCUCUCUUCAUUCAGUCCAUACGGUUUGGCCCUAUUCACAAGCUUGUUGAAGAAGGGGAAGAUGCGGUCAUUUAUAUGUGUCCCGAUAGGAUUGUGCUUGGAAAAGACAUCACCAGUGUCGGACCGGAAGAGGUUCUUUUCCGUCAUGUGAGGGUCAUUUACCAGGCGGCGAACAGCAAGAAAGUGCGGUUGCUAUUAAAUGGCUACGAAGGAGCUCCGGGCUCCAAAUUUGACAUUCAUUUCUCGCUAAGAAGCAGCAAGGAGGCAUUUGUGAACCAAAUGAGAGAAGAGGGUGGCAGGGUUCAAGAUAAGGAGUCGAAAUGGCUGGACGACGCUUUCUCUAUCUACGACCAUGACAUGCGCCAACGUCUCACUCCCGCCAGAUCCCCUUUGCAACCGAUUACCGAAGCCGAUCCACUACCGCCCAUAUCUUCAGCUGUCCAGCACACCAAAGGCAAAAAGCUUUCUUCAAUGUUAGAAGGCUCUGCCAGCGAGUCCGAGGAACAAGAUCAAGAUCGAAAGAAACGUGAAACUCAAGAUGGUUCCAAGUCCAUGAACACCGCCGGACCGGCCCAAGGGACGACAAAAGAAAAGCCGAAAUCCAAGGAAGUUGGAGUCGAAAUUCCAGUGAAGAAGUUCGUUUCGAAAGGUCCCGGCGAAACCGAGACACGACGGUCAACAAGGAACACGACCCGAUGGAAAGAAAGACUGGAUGACAAUGACACGUCUACAAACAAAUCCGAUUCCGCUCUGCAAAAUGACCCGUUCCGAAAGAAAUGGAAGAAACCCUUGGUCUAUCCCAAAAUCGGAAAGAAAAAGGAGGAAGUCAACGUCGAUGAUCGUGACCGACUGCGCGAGAACGAGUUCCUCAAUGAUAACCUGAUCGCCUUUUACACACGCUUCUUGCAAGAUCACCUGGAACGAACGAAUCCCGACGCUGCGAAACGGGUCUACUUUUUCAACUCUUACUUCUUCGCCACGCUUACGAACAAGGGCUCGCGCGAGAUCAACUACGAUGGGGUUGAAAAGUGGACGAGCAAAGUCAAUCUCUUCAGCUACGAUUAUAUCGUUGUUCCUAUCAAUCAGAAUGCGCAUUGGUAUGUUGCUAUUAUUUGCAACCUGCCCAGUCUGGCGCUAGGUCCUGUUAAGAACUCGGAUGCCUCCUCUGCGCUUGCCAGUGACAAGGAGUCUCCGCGUGGACCAGCAAAGGAAGUGCAAGAGAUCCUCGAGUCUCCCGAACCGGAAACAGCGCCUGCUUCUGCAAGACUUUCCGAGGAAGAGUCAGCAAGGAAACAAAAUCCGGCUUCCACGUCUCCACCGUCCGAGGAGGCACGGCAGUCUUUUGCGUCUAUGACUCUUUUAGAAGAGAAGAAUGCUUCUGCCGAGGCGGAGGAUCAGAAGAAGCCCUCUCCAAGAAAGGAUAUCGGACCGGAUCAUGAAAAAUCCCCUCCCUCGCUUGCAGAGACGCUCGCCCCCAGCCAGGCGAAAUCCACUCCGAAGCAGCUUAGCAAGGGAAAGUCCGGGAAAAAGCGAGGCGGGGUCAAAUUGGACCCUGAACAAACAGCCAUUAUCACCUUCGACUCACUCGAUGCCAACCGCUCCCCAACGGUCAGACUCCUGCGCGAGUAUAUCUGCAAAGAAGCGAAAAACAAGCUGAACGUGGAGAUCAAGAACGCAUCAUCGGUGAUCAAGGGCAUGCGUGCGCAGAACAUUCCCUUGCAGCCUAACUACUCAGACUGCGGAUUAUAUCUGCUGGCAUACUUGGAGAACUUUGUGCGCAGUCCUGAUGAGUUUGUUGUCAAGGUUCUUCAAAGAGAGAUGAAUGUGGAACAGGAUUGGCCUCCGCUUGGGUCCGGGCUUCUUCGAUUGCGCAUGAGAGAUUUCCUUGAUCAGCUGUAUAUGGAGCAGGGGAGUGAUAUGAAGGAGGAUUUGAUGGUGGAUCGGCAGCCUAUUUCGUUCUUGCUGGGACCGCCUCGGCCGCCUCAGGGGGAGGUUGAUGAAGAGACAAAGAAGAUUGAAGGGUCCGAGCCCACUUCUUUGAAGGUGAAGGAGGAUGCGGAGGAAGGACCCGUGCAUGACCGCUCUCCGCAGGAAGAAGAGAAUACGAGCGACAACGAAGGUACAGAUAUGCCUAUCUUGGUGCCUACGGCUGCACUACCCCUCCAAAAAUCAACCAAGCCAGCGAUCCGACCAUCUACGCCUGAACCACCCCGAUCUCGUCUUCCUCUUAGUGAGCUAGAGGAGAUCCCUGACAGUCAGGAGAUCGCUGCUCCUCCAAGCCCAGAACCAAAACCCGACCGAAGGAAGGAAAGGAAGUCUAAACAGGCCAGGGACGAAGUUCCGGGAGACAGACGUGAGCACAAGAGACCCGCCACCCCUGACAACACCGGUGCACCCGGCGAUCUUGAUACCGAGGACCAAUUUCCACGGGUCGAAAUUCAAGUCCCUUGUACACCUCCACGAAAGGAAUUGAAGCAAGUACGACAGAGUCCGCGAGGUCUAAACCGAAGGGUUUGA